UUGACUUUUGCACGUGGACAUGCAGCACUAGCUUGUAAACGAGUUAGAGGGAGACACACGUAUGAUUUAAUCGGCAGUGAAAUCGAGCAAGUCCAUUCGGCUUAUGGACUUAACUCUAAAGUGACAAAAACUGUGACGGACAACGGGUCCAAUUUUAUCAAAGCUUUUAGAAUGUUCCAACAGUCAGAUUCUGAUGAGGAAUCAGACGAAGAUGAAGAGGUAACAUUUACUGAUGUUGAGCAAACUCUCCUUACAGACUUUGAUGGACAGUUUUCUCUCCCUCCACACUUAAGGUGUGCAUCACACACACUGAACUUAGUGUUUCAUGAUGUUGAGAAAUGGCUUAAAGCAAAUGAGUCCAAAAUAAUCUACAGAAGUGCUGUUUCAAAGUGUUCUGCAAUGUGGACAAAAGCAAAUCGUUCUUCUGUGGCUUCAGAGUUAGUAGAGAAUUUUUUUAAGAAAAAACUCAUAGUGCCUACUUCAACACGAUGGAAUUCAUUUCACGACGCCCUGUCCAGGAUCACUGAUAUUCCAGUUGCUGAGUUAAAUACUGUUUGCACUCAGUUUGGAAUAAAAUGCUUCACUGAUCGGGAGUAUCUGUUCUUAAAGGAAUAUUGUAUUGUGUUAAAGCCACUCACUGUAGCACUAGACAUAUUGCAAGGAGAAGAGAACUGCUAUUUUGGAACCCUUCUUCCAACUCUGGAGGUUCUAAUGUCCAGGACGCUGGCACUGCGGGAUGAUCUUAGGAUCACAGCAUCUCUCCCUGAUGUCAUUGUUCAGGCAAUCAAAGUACGCUUUUCCUCUAUGAUGGAUGAUAAAGAAGCUCUUCUGGCUGCAGUCACUUUGCCAAAAUUUAAGUUACGCUGGAUCAGAGAAGAAGGGAAAAAAGACACUGUUAGGGCAAUGCUUACUACAGAGUGCCGUGGGUUGCCAACUGAAGACCCACAGUAUAAUGCACAACAUCACAACAAGCCUGCUGACUCCACUGAUGACUUUUUUUCAUUUGAGGAGGAGGAGGAUUGUGCCUACUCUGUUGAAACAGAGGUCAUGGAAUAUUUGAAAUCUGCAGGGUCUGAGCUGGGUGUUCUUAGCCAGUUUCCCAGGAUUAAAGCCAUUUCACUAAGGUACAACACAGCCACACCAUCAAGCGCCCCAGUGGAAAGGCUUUUCAGCCUGGGCAAUCUGGUGCUCACUCCCAGAAGGAACAGACUGUCAAGCAAACGUUUUGAGAGACUUACAUUAAUGAGAUACAACCACUAUUUUAAAAAUUAGGCAGCACUGUCAGCUGAGCAGUGCUCAUUGAUUUGGAAAAAAACAUUUACAGCUUGAUAUUUUUCAGAGUAAUUCUAUAUUUUUGUUAUUCAGAUGUUUUUCAGAGGAAUUCUGUUUGUUAACUAAAUGUUAA